AGGGUGAAGCUUCGAGCUGCCGGGAGUGACAACAGAGGGCACCAGAGGCUCGGGCUCAGCAAAGCCAGGGCAUAAAUGGAGCGCUGGAGGAGCGCACGGGCUCAUUGCUGGGCUGGGACAGCUGUGCCCUGCACUGACACCUUCCCUGCCAGGACCUGCCUGUGCCCGCAGCCUUCCCAGGAGCAGCUCACAUGGAGCAGGGACAGCCCAGCACGGACAACUGCACUGACAGAAGUGCACAAGGUGCCAUUGUGCUGUUUCAGAUGGUUCUCUACAUCCCAGUGCUGUCUCUGGGGAUCCCACUGAAUGCCAUUGCCUUCUGGGUCUUCUGCUGCAAAAUCAAGAGGUGGACGGAGACCAAGGUGUACAUGAUCAACCUCAUCGUGGCAGACAGCUUCCUGAUCUUCACCCUGCCUUUCCUGCUGUAUUUUACCAAGUACAAGCAUCCUGUAGAUGGGCUGUGUUUAGGCAUACAAAGCAUCUAUUUUACAAACAUGCCCAUGAGCAUCCUGAUCAUCACCCUGAUCGCCAUCGAUCGAUACAUUGCAAUCAAGUUCCCUCUGAAAGCAAAGGUUCUCCGAUCCCCACUGAAAUCAGCUUCUGUCUGUGGCUUGCUCUGGAUAACACUGAUAACUUAUUCCCAUGUCUAUCGCCUACUUCACGGUGACUGGGAAGGUUGCUGCUUUCAGAGAGAAUCUGUCCAGCCUAGGUAUUCUGCUGUGUUCUACACUGUCCUUGCAUAUUUUAUUCCCUUAGGGAUUGUGACUUUUUGCUCAGUACAAAUCAUCAGAUGUCUAAAAGAGAAGAUGGCCACAAGCCCUGAUGAGACAAAAUUAUUCCAGAAGGCUGUGCACAUUAUUUCAGUGAAUUGGUGUGUGUUUGUUGUCUGUUUCUUACCCUUCCACAUCUCACUGCUCUUGCGGUUUGCGGUGGACGCUGCUGGAGCUCAUUCUCUGAUACCAGGAGUUAUAACCUUUAUUAAGUUCUCUGCAUCCUUAGCAAAUUGUAACUGCUGUCUGGAUGCAUUUUGCUAUUAUUUUGCAGCCAAGGAGUUUCCAGAGUUUUCUUCUAUGUUCCCCAAGUGUGUAUUCAGGAGGUCCAAGACGAACCAAAGCGAGGAGUCGCAGCCAUCCAUGGAUGAAGUGGUGCCAUGAACAAGGGGCAGUGCACAGCAGGUGCUGAGUGCCACAAGGCUGCUCGAGUUUGAGGCACAGGGAAUGCACCCACCUACAGUGUUUGCAACCAUUGUAGGUGUAGGCAUAUGUACAGAAAGGGACAAACCCCUCCAAAGGGUCUGAUGUUAACUUGAAUUUUGCCCUGCUGUCCCCAGUGAGGUGAGUCCAGCUCUGUCUUGUGUCGUUCUAUCACAGCUCCAGGCCCCUCCUGGGGACAGCUUGUCUUGGUUGGCUUCAUGGUCCCUCACUUUCAGUGUCUUUUGACUUGUAAGCCUCUAAAAAAUUUCCUCCUGGGACUGCACUCAGAGGCAAUUUACUUCCCUAGUGACAACUAACAUACAGUUCCCCUCAAUCUGUCACCACGCAGUGACACUCGCUCAGACCACAGUCUGAAAUCACUGCCCAGACCCUGGCUCAAACAAACACACAAGGCACUGUUCCCAGCAUGGAAAGUGUCCUAGCCAAACGUUGGAUCCACCUGCUUUGUGUCAGUGCUUUGGCAGACAGCACAGUGAGCAGCUGUGCCACAGAAACAGAUGAAACUACUCAGGUCGUUCAGCUGAUAAUUCCUCCCAAUUUUCCUCCCUGGUGUAUUUUCUAAUGCUCUGGCAUUACUGGUAUUUCACUGCAAGCAGAGCAAGUAGCCUGUGUGUAUAUGUGACCAGUUUAACCACUGCACACGGUUUAGCCCUCCUUCUGCCUUCUAAAUUAUCUUUCAAAGACAGGAAAAGAUAUGGGAGACAAAUAGUGCCUGAUCUUAGCAACCAUCUGUUGCUGAAGAUGUGUGAGUGUUGUCACCCCUGUAGCCAUCAACAAAUAUGAACUACCCUCAGAAAGCAAGAGGCUUCUUGACAGACACCUCUUACAAUCCAGACAAGUGGUAUCCAGCAAGGAAAAGCACUUCUACUUCAGGAACAGCACAGAGGACCUCCAAAAACAUCUUUGGACCUAGGAUUCCCUUCUGAGACAUUGCAUCUCAUUGCUUAUAAUGAAUGCCUGUUCCAAAAACAUGAUUGUGAUUUUUUUUUUUAUUAUUUUGAAAAAAGAGAUGAAGAUUCAUAUCAGCCUGUUAACCUACUAUUAAUCUAGAAAGCAAAUAAUUUGCUUGCUUUUGAAGAUUCAGCCAUGCUCAUGUUUUCUCCCAUUUAACAUGGAGAAAUUAUUCAAUCUCCAAUGGGCUCCAAAUAGGUCAUCUACUCUGAAAUUCAGAACAGGAGUGCUUGUAUACAUGUGGCCCCACAUAUAGGUCUCAUAAUUGUUCCUUCUUCUCUCGUUGUAAAGGGGAAAUGAGUUGACUUCACAAUCCCUGUCAUCAUUAAGAUUUUUUGCUGUUUCCACUGCAUGCUAUGAAAACAAACAAAAAAAAUCCAUACUUUUGCAAGUGAAAAUAAAGGUGUGUCAUAGUAAUAUAUCUAUAAAUAAAUAUUCAUAUAUUACAUUGCACAUCAGAAUCCUCUACUCUUAAUGCUAAACCUAUACUGGAGAUUGGGAGACUUUGCUACCAAGAUAUAAGAUCUGCCUUACAGCAGGGUGUUUAACAGGGAAACCCAAAGAUGAGAAAGGAGCUUUCUGAUUAUCUGAAGAUCUGUGUUCUACCUUGGAUAAAAAUUUUUAUCUGGUUUAUAUGACAAGUUAAGUAUGGGUUUCUGGCAUCCUCCUUCAGUCUGAACAAAGCCUCAGCUCCUUGAGUGCUCCUAGGAAAUGGAGCAGAUGGUUAUCAGACCCUGGGCCACAACAAGCUCUGGCCACCAUCCAGCACUGCAAUAGCAAUCCAGGAGGAUGGCAACACACAUAACCCCAAAUCUUUUCCAUUUCCUAGCACAAGAGUCUGGGAAGUGGUAGUGGGGACCAGCCACAGCUGCCAAAGUCCAUCAAACAACGAGGCUGAACCACUGCAUUUUAUCAACAUUUCUGCAAGAUACAACUUUCCUGCCCCUUAAAAGAAAAAAAAUGCUAAUAUUUUUUUCCACUUCAGGCUUGAGAGAGAAAAAAAAUAUCCCACAAGGAAAAGCCUACAAAGUAAUUCAGAAUCUUGCUUUUAUGUGAGUGAGUAGCCAUUGGAUAUGGCAUUUUUUGCCCUCCUGUGCAUGGAAGGCAGGGGCUGCCAUGAAAGUAUUUAUCACCAGUAGUGA